CCAGCUUGUAUCCUUCAUGCCGCCAUCUCAGUGAUUGCGCUCCCUUCGCUCAUUCCAUGGAGACCGUCGCCUCCACCUUUCACGCGCUCUCCGGCAAUGGCACCUGGUCCUUUUAGACGGAAGCCCCUGGGGCUUGAUGUGCCCCGCCCCGCUGCUGUCAUCGAGUCGCCGCCUGGCAUUGCGGCCCUCUUCGUCAUUCGCUUCGAUAUCAAGGCCGGAUACGUGAUAUCAUGGAAACGUACUGUUCCUGAAGUUGAAGUUGAAGGAGCCGUGGAAUACAAGUCGCUUCCAUCCGGUCUGCACAAUGUCUCAGAAGAUCUGGUAUACUUCGUCCACGAACAGUACGCUGGCAUCAGUGCGUUUGUCAAUUGGCCCGCUGAAGAAGCGGAGCGAAAUGCAAAGAUGUUUGCUAUUGGGGUUCUCGUUCCGUUGAGUUCGGGAAGGCUAGGGAAAAGCUGGAGGCAUGCCCCCAAGCUCAAAGAAUUGGCGGCGAACUAUGCCCAGGAUAUGUCCAAUACGCAACCGCUGUCGGACUACUGGGAGACCCAUGAAAUUCGUGAGAGUGAUGCUUCCGUUAUGCCACCCGAUUCCCCUCUGGAGUCUCCCCUCAGUCUCCGGCUACGGGCCCAUGGUGACCCAAGAGAUGCCGUACAUCGAACCCGUGCUUUUAGUGAUGCAAUCGUGUUGGAAACGCCCAGGCCGGCCCUGACGCCUUUCCACCCAGCUUCCUCGCUCCCUGAUUUCCUUGACUCCUUUGGUCCUCUCCUAUUUCCGUUGUACAGAGCAGCAUUACUGCGCAAAAGGGUGCUUUUCAUGGCAGAAGCGCCAGUUCAUACCCCCUGUAGCUAUGUUUACGAUCUCUCAUUAUUGGCCUCCUUACCUAAUUCGCUUCUUCCCCUGCUUCCCCAAAAUGGAUUACCCCCUCCGCGACCUCGCCCAUUGUUCAACGUUGGUAUCCAUGACAUCCCUUAUCUCUCUUCUUUCGUGGGCGCUUCAGCCAAUACCGACCACGAUUCUGCCUGGAUUGCGUGCAGCACAGACAGUGUCCUGAACAUGAAACCCGAACUCUUUGAUGUCCUCGUCACGUUGCCGCCCCCUCACUCCAAAAACGCUGUCGAAAAGGUAUUCCCAACAAUUUCCAUCUUCCAUACACAGCCCGCAAAAGGAAGAACGCCCCAUUCGAUCGAAGUGAAAGCGACUCAGCGCGAUGCACGGCGUUACUCGACUCUCCGCAAGGGUCUACGGCAUGUUUCUCAGGAAGACGAAGCAGCCUCGACCGAAACAGAUGAUGGCUCGGAUGCAGCGUCGACGUACUCGUCCAGCCCCAUCGUCGAACCUCUUUCGUGGACGCGCCUAGCAUAUACAUCCUUCAUUUGGUGGGCAUCAGCAGGUGAAAAGCGCGACGGACUCUCCGAGGAGGAGGAAGAGGAGCACCAAAUCGAACAGGACACGCGUCUCCUAGCUAGUGUGGAGACACUUCCCAGCCCACCCUUAGGAUCUCUCGGCCGUCGAAGCAUUCAACUGCAGGAUUCAACUCAGCAGCCCCCCGAGAUUGCCUUAGUGGCAUACUUCCGUCGUCUCACGACCCAAAUCUUCAUCACCCUGUCCGAUGUAGUCGCCCGGCACGACAGCCGUAAUUCACACGAUGACGAAGAAGAUGACGAACAACCUGAUGACGAUAAUGUCUCUUACGAGGGUGAGCCAGAAGACGAUACCGAGCCUUCCAUCACCAUCGGGCGACAGUCCACCCAAGAGGAUGAUUCCAUAUCUCCAUUACUGCAACAGACAACAACCGAGACUGAUCCGCGCAGCGCCAGACCCUCCUACGGCGAUAGCGAUCCAAUCAAGAUUACCUCCGAGGAUCUGACCGAAAUGGGCCUAGAUAUCUGGAGCGCCGCCGACCGUGUCUUUGUUGAAGAAUUGGUUCAUCUUUGGUGGGGGCGUAAGGCGCGUGUCGACAGCGCGCGUAUCAGAUGUUGUGGCAUUUCGAUCAUCUAGAUCCAAUAGCAAUAGUGGUGUGCUAAUCUUCUUUUCCACAUUAUCUGGCACAAUGUACGCAUGAGUGUAUAUACGGCGAAGUAGCAUAUAUAGACCACGUCUAGUUCCUCACAAUCAUUACUAACCCCAGG